AUGGCCAUGAAGGAGACCAUCCUGCCCAUCAGCGAAGUGUCCAGCCCAUACCCAGAGGUGGUGGAACUCAACGUGGGUGGCCAGGUGUAUGUGACCAAACGCUCCACCCUGGUUAGUGUUCCUGACACAACUCUGCAUACCAUGUUCACUCGCUGCGCUCCACGAGAACUCCCGCGUGACAGCCGCGGACGGUUCUUCAUUGAUCGCGACGGCUUCCUUUUCCGGUACGUUCUGGACUUCCUGAGGGACCGUCAGCUCGUGUUGCCCGAACACUUCCCUGAAAGAGAGCGCUUGCAGAGGGAGGCUGAGCACUUCCAACUGGGGGAGCUACUGAGACUACUUGGCCCAAGGGUGGCAAAACAGGGCUCCAUGAACGAUGAGGGCUGCCAAAGUGACAUCGAGGAGAGUUCCCAGAGCAGCGAGCAACUGGGUCACACCAACGCCACCACUCGCGGAUCCGUCUCUGACAAGCGGUCGGGGUUCAUCACCAUUGGAUACCGGGGCUCCUACACCAUGGUGAGGGACAACCAGGCCGAUGCUAAGUUUCGGCGUGUGGCCAGGAUCAUGGUGUGUGGUCGCAUCGCCCUGGCCAAAGAGGUGUUCGGGGAGACGUUGAAUGAGAGCAGAGACCCUGACAGACCACCAGAGAAGUAUACUUCACGAUUCUACCUGAAAUUCACAUACUUAGAGCAGGCCUUUGACAGGCUGUCUGAAGCUGGGUUUCAGAUGGUGGCAUGUAACUCUACAGGCACCGCUGCUUUUGUCAACCAGUACAGGGAUGAUAAGAUCUGGAGCAGCUACACUGAGUAUAUCUUCUUUAGGCCAGCUCUGAGGACUGUAUCACCCAAACAGGAGCAAGAAGAGCCAAAGCAAGACAAGAUGGCAGACAAAGGCAGCGAGAGCGGGGCCUCUUUGAACGAGCUCUCUACUUCCAGCUCAGAGACGCACUCUGAGGCCACCUCACCCCAAGACAGCUCUGCCCCACAUGGGGAGGUGGUCGGCGGGUCGCUAGCGCCCUGUGGAGCCUUACAGUCAGUCUCCCGCCCUCCAAGCACCCUCACGCUGGGUCGGCCGCCCAAAAAAGGUUCGUCGGUGCAGUGGAUGGAGCUACCGGAUAAGAGGCGUAACAGCGAGCUCUUCCAAUCCCUCACCAGCGGCGUGGGACCGCGGGAUGGAGGGGGUGGCCUAAGCAGGCGUAAGACCUUGGAGAGGCCCAGCGCAGAGGAAGAGAUGAAACAGUGCAUCCGGGAUUUUCGCAAAAUCAAGAUUCCGCAAGCAUUUCCAGAGCGCAAACGCCAGUGGCAGUCUGAACUCCUCCAAAAAUACGGUCUUUAA